UUACAUCAACGGACACACACAGGGCAAAAACCAUAUAAAUGUAUGGAGUGUGGAAAAAGCUUCAGUCAGAGUGGACACUUAAGUUCACAUCAACAGACUCACAUAGCUAAAAAACCAUUUAAAGGUAUAGAGAGCGGAAAAAGUUUCACUGAUAGAGGAAAACUUAGAACACAUCAGCGGACUCAAAUGGGCAAGGAAGGAUUCCAAUGCAGGGAGUGUGGGAAGAACUUCAGUCGGAGUGGAACCCUAAAUUUACAUCAACGGACUCACACAGGGGAAAAACCAUUUAAAUGCAUGGAGUGUGGAAAAAGCUUCAAUCGGAGUGGACACCUUAGAAGACAUCAGCGGACUCACACAGGUGAAAAACCAUAUAAAUGUAUGGAGUGUGGGAAAAGCUUCAGUCGGAGUGGACACCUUAGAACACAUCAACGAACUCACACAGGGGAGAAACCAUAUGAAUGUACGGAGUGUGGGAAGAGCAUCAGUAACAGUGGAAACCUCAAAAGACACCACCAGACUCACACAAGGAAUAAACCUUAUAAAUGCACUGAGUGUGGGAUGAACUUCAGUCAGAGUGGACUCCUCAAUAUACAUCAGUGGACUCACACAGGGGAAAAACCAUAUAAAUGUAUGGAGUGUGGAAAAAGCUUCAGUCGGAGUGAUAAACUUAAAUCACAUCAACGGACUCACAUGGGUGAAAAACCAUAUAAAUGUAUGGAGUGUGGAAAGAGUUUCAGUGUGAGUGGACAACUCAAUAAACAUCACCAGACUCACACUGGGGAGAAACCAUUUAAGUGCAUGGAGUGCGGAAAGAGCUUCAUUCAGAUUGGAAACCUUAGAAUACAUCAACGGACUCACACAGGGGAGAAACCAUUUGAAUGCAGGGAGUGUGGAAAGAGCUUCAGUCAGAAUGGACAACUUAAAUUACACCAGUGGACUCACACAGGGGAGAAACCAUAUAAAUGUAUGGAGUGCGGAAAGAGCUUCAGUGUGAGUGGACAACUCAAUAAACAUCACCAGACUCACACUGGGGAGAAAAAAUAUAAAUGUAUGGAGUAUGGGAAGAGCUUCAGUCAGAGUGGACACCUCAAUAUACAUGAACGGACUCACACAGGGGAGAAACCAUAUAAAUGUAUGGAGUGUGGAAAGAGCUUCAGUAAGAGUGGACACCUCAAUAUACAUGAACGGACUCACACAGGGGAGAAACCAUAUAAAUGUAUGGAGUGUGGGAAGAGCUUCAGUCAGAUUGGACACCUCAUUAUGCAUAACCAGACUCACACAGGGGAGAAACCAUAUAAAUGUAUGGAGUGUGGGAAGAGCUUCAGUAAGAGUGGACACCUCAAUAUACAUCAUCGGAUUCAUACAGGGGAGAAACCAUUUGAAUGCAUGGAGUGUGGAAAGAGCUUCAGUCAGAUUGGAAACCUUAGAAUACACCAACGGACUCACACAGGGGAGAAACCAUUUGAAUGCAUGGAGUGCGGAAAGAGCUUCAGUCAGAAUGGAGACCUUAAAUUACACCAGCAGACUCACACCGGUGAAAAACCCCAUGAAUGUAUGGAGUGUGGAAAGAGCUUCAGUAAGAGUGGAAACCUCAAUAAACACCAACGGACUCACAUGGGAGAAACCAUUUAAAUGUAUGGAGUGUUGAAAGAGCUUUAGUCAGAGUGGAAAUCUUAGAAAACAUCUGCAGACACACAUGGGUGAAUCCAUUUAAAUGUAUCACAUGUGGAAGGAGCUUCAGUCAGAGUGGAAUCCUUGAUUUAUGUCAGCAAACUCUCACAAAAGACAAACCCUAUGAAUGUCAGUAAAGUAUGUGGAAGUUCAGUCCUACUGGAAGUUCUACAUCAACAGACUUAUGAACAGGAAGAACUUUUAGAGUUGAAACCCUACAAAAAAUCAACAACUCAGAGAAGCAGUUUAAAUGGAAAGAUUGCAGAAAGUGCUUUAGUUAUAAUGGAGUGUUUCAGGAACAUCUAGGGAUUCUGAGGGAAGA